AUGCCAGUACGGAUAUCCCACACGUUAAUAAUUUUAACCGGCUACCCGUGUUCAGGGCUAUCCCAUCGUGCGCGUCAACUGUCCACGCUCUUUGAAGACCUGCAGUCGUCUCUCCCCGCAUCUUCCAGAUCCCGAUAUAAGAUUCAUAUCGUCACCUCACACGAUGAAGCCCAUCCGCGCACUGUAUAUGAUGCUGCCAGGUCAGAAAAACAAGCAAGAGCCGUGGUAUACGCGCGCGUGAAAAGGCUACUAGGGAGAGACGCCAUCGUUAUCGUGGAUGGAAUGAAUUAUAUUAAAGGUUGGCGGUAUCAGCUUUGGUGCGAAAGCAAGGAAGCUAUGACAACAUGCUGUGUGGUACAUGUGGGAACUCCAGUAGACCAAUGUAUUUCCACGAACGAGGCUCGCUUACAGAGAAAACAAAAAGCGUCGGAAAGGGGCAGACAGCAACCGCCGCUUGAGGCUGAUAUUUCUGAAUCUACCGCCUCCAUCCCCGAGAGAGACGGUAACACCGCGCCAAACAGAACCAAGGAUGAUGAUGAGGAGCCAUACCCGCCAGAACUUCUGGAUAACCUCAUAUAUCGUUACGAGGAACCCUCAACAUCGAGCCGUUGGGAUAAACCUCUUUUUACUGUACCUUGGGCUGACCCAACCCCUCCCGUGGAGGAUAUAUGGUUCGCUAUAACAGGACAAAAAAUAACGAAUGAUGAUCCGGAUAAUUCUGCUUCUGGAUUAUUCCCCCAGGCUGGAGCCGUACAAGCGUCUUCGAAUGAUGCAAAUACAGUAGCAGGUGCACCAUCUACCACCACUGCAAUUAAGAAGGCAGCCUUCCAACGGUCUACAUCAACUCGCCCAAAAAUAGUUCCCCACCAAGCCACGGCCCAACCACCUAAAACAGAUCCCACCGCGCUAUAUGCAAUAGAGAAAACAACAUCAGAAAUAAUAUCAACCAUCCGCAAAUUUUCUCUUGAAAACCGGUCUCCAUCUUCGUCUAGCUAUUUAGCCAACCCGCAUGCCCCCGGCAUAACGAUCCCCAUUCCCUCCACCAAAACUCCUAUUUUUAUACCUCCUUCGACCCUUGCUUCUGCCCCUACGGAAGAUUUAGUUGGUGCAGGUGGAGUACUGACACUCCCUCGCCUGCAAAGAUUGAGAAGACAGUGGGUUGGGAUGAAUAGAGCAUUUGCUGGCCAUGGCCAAGGCAUGGGCCAAGGAACGCUGAACGAGGAAGAAAUCGGUGAAGCUUUUGUGAGAUUUCUAAAUGCCGAGUUUGAAGAAAUGACCGAGUUCUAG